AUGGAUUCAAUUGUAUCGACGCCUACAGCCUCCGGAUCAAGCGAAGCAGCGGGCUAUUUCAAUUCAAUUCCAUUGAUCACAUCUCAAGAUCCUGAACAUGCAGCAGUAACAACAACCCAGGAAGUGAAAACAGGGAAUGCAUCAUCAAUGCCAAAGAUAGAUCCAUCACCAAUAACAAGUUCAGGCCUAGUACCGGAGGCUAUGACACAGGUCGACACCAUAUUCUCUUCUUUAGAGUCCACGCCAUCAUCGCCGUCUUCGCCAUCAUUGUUCUUGCUAACAGAGGUCUCCGAAUUAGCAGCCAACAUACCACUCCUUGUUGAAUCUAACUCUGGCCAAGAUCAAGGUAACUCCAUUAGACGGCAGAAGGAACGCCAAGGUGACAACCUACAACGAGCUGUUGUGAAUUGUAAUAUUGGUCAGACAGUCGUUAAGGAUAAUGAGUUUUCGGUUGCACAGAUGAAAGCUGUAUUUCCAACGAGCCUUUCACAUUCAUCUUCUGCGUUUCCCUUCCCCUCCUCGCACAAACCACUCUCGAAUCAUCCUCCGUCUUUGAUUUCAACAAAACCACUCAUGAUCUCGGGUGACACAAAAACCACACCGUCCCUAUCCACGUUCGCGGCAACAGAAGAAAAAGCAGCGACUGUGAUCCCUUCAUCCUCUUCUUGGACAACAGCAACAAUGACAACAACAGCAACAAUCAACACUACCACCGCUGUGGCCUGUCAUCCCGUUACUGAAGCUCGAUCUGGAGUGAUUGCCUUGGCCAUGAGCACAUCAUCAUCACCUUUAUGGUCCCCCACUAUUGUUUCUCAGAGACCAAACGCUUUUGAUGCUGAAGAAUACAAUCAUCACGACAAUAACAUGACUGAAGCAGCGGUAACAGUAUACCCAUUCAGGCCGAAGAGUGAGGAAAACAACCACUCCAGGGGUAUCUAUACUAACAAAGGGUAUGACCGGAGUUUUCACCCUCUUUCACCAUCCACGGCUACAACUUCAUCUACGGAUCAUUUUGCGCCUUUCAUUCUUCCUCCCAUUCCUCCUUUCUCUGAAAUUGGCUUGACGUUUGAUAAGAGUCGGACGGACAGCGGUGCCGGAAGCAUGAGCCAGGAUCAGCAACGACAACAGCAGCAGCAGGAGCAGGAGCUAUGUUGUAGUCACGGUCAACAAGAUGAUAACGGUGGCUCCCUGUUCACAGUGGAAACCAGUCUGACUAAAAGGGAACACACUGGAAUGAAUGAACACCAGCAACAGCAGUGCGAGUCUAAAGAGAGAUUUGACACAUACAGCAGCAGCAACAACAACAGUAGACUCGACAAUAAGGAUAUUCAUCUUCAACAUCGGAAUACUAUAAACAUGGGUAUAGAGGGAUUUGUGUUUGAUUACGAUCCAUCGAUCUUUGAUUACAUUCAGUCUGACGAAAAUGAAGCCUAUAUUCUCUGGAAUAGCCCUCUCCCUAUUAACAACAGUGGAGUAAGUUGUGAUACUACUGGUCCGCUCCCUGUAGUGCCGCAAGGCACGCUCAAAAGCAGCAAUUCAGGCAAUUAUAAUAACGAUGGUAAUAACGGGCAUGCUGCUACGAGCAGCCCCUCUUCCGUGAUAGCAGGUGCUAACGGUCAGCAAGCAACAACAGCAACAACAGUAGUAGAGCGCCCGUUACCCUUUUCACCAGCUUGCUCAAGCGCAGUCACAGCCUCAGUCUCUGUUGUUAAACGGUGGUCUGCAGGAGAUAUCUUCAAACCAAAAGAAAAAGGGAGAGACUCUUUGGAGAAUGAGAGCACGGGAAUAGGACCAAGCAUAGGGACAGGGAUAGGGAUAGGAACAGGCGUUGGAGCCUCCUCAGAGAAUGCCAGGGCUAGCAGACACACACCUACCAACAGUAAUCACAGUAACAGCUACUAUAACGCUGACGCUUCUAACAAUAAUACUAGCAAUGGUUUAUUCUCAACUGCCUUACCAGGGCUUUCGAAGCCUCUCGAGCGCCUGGGAGGGUCAAUCACUCGAUCAGGCUCUUUAAGAGGCAAACCAUCAGCUACUAGCUCCAAUCCUACAAAUAAUGGGACUAAUAACCCAUUGAAUCCCCCAGGAGAGCGUAUCAUCAUGGCAGCUACUGUCGAGAAGCUGGUUGAGAAGCUUACAAGCGAUAUUGACUACACGUUUCUUACGGACUUUUUCCUCAUCUACCGGCUGUUUAUUUCACCUUUGGCACUUCUGAAACUGCUCUUGGCACGUUUCUAUUGGGCUUUGAUUGAGGAUGAGGGCGCCAACGCACCACAGCGUCAGGUCGUCCGAGUCCGAACAUUUGUGACAAUACGACAUUGGCUACUGAACUACUUUGAAUACGAUUUCAUGGGAUCCAAAGCUCUAAGGCGGACGCUGGUUCAGUCUUUGAAAUCUCUAGCAAAUCACCCAAUUAUUUUGACGAGUGUUCGAGAUGAGCGAAUCAUUAGGGAGCUACGUCGUUUGUUUCAACUCAAACGUAGACUAUAUUGCCGGGAAGCCGCUCAGGUGACGCUUGAGGAAAAACAAUGUUCUUUUCCUUUGACGACUACAGUGCCUGCGACUGCUGUAAAACAAGGUAUAUUAUCAUGUCAGCAGUCGGCGUCGUCAUUACUUCGGAAGCAGCAUGUAAAUCAAGAAUGGACACAGUCUAUUCCUCAACAACAACAACUACAGGAGCCCAUACCAUCUACCGAGCGUAAUGUAGGAUGGGAGCAAAAUAAUGAAAAAAUGGAAAACAAUGUGUUAUCUGGUAAUGCGAUAUCUAAUGACGCAUUUGGAGUACUAUCAAGCGAUCCACAGGAGGAAGACCUUAAUGAAGAACCGGUUCGCUAUAUGGUCCAGCGAGGGCCAAGGGCUUCCAAUAAUAUCGAACCAACCUAUGAUGAUGAAGACGAUAGUGGGACUGAUGACACGGAUUUUGAAGGCGAUGAAAUCAAUCAGUGUGAAGAAGAAAAUCAGGGCACAUUUACCAACAGUGAGAAUGUUCCUUCACGGAAGUUCUCGAUUGACUCUGUCAAAUACAAAGAGCCGAUGAGUGAUUCCCUAUCUCGACAAGAGUUAGCUAGGGUUAGUACUGAGCCUAUUUCUGAUGUAACUUCUGGAAGCCAUUAUCGCCAUCGAUCUAGUUGCCUUCAUUCAACAAACUCUACUUUAGAGCAGACAUCUCAUCACUAUCGGAGCCAUACAAUACCUCAAACACAUGAAGCCACUCAUGCCGCACAGGAACCUUGGCCAUUAUCUCAUAGUGAAGCCUCAAUGGAACCAUCGCCCUCGUUUGCGCAUUCCUCUUUGGAUUUAUCACGACGACCAUCCCUAGAGCCGCACACAAACCUUCCAUCGCAGCCUUUAGCCACCGGUAUCACCACAGCCCCCCUUGCAGAGAAGAAAAAAAUAUGGUCACAGUAUAUGAGUGCCACAGUUGGACAACUUUCUAAAGUCAAGCGUGUCUUCAUGCCCAAGCCCUCUCAGUCAGCUCAGGAUUUUGAUAACCAUCAUCAAAACCACCAGCACCAUUUAAUACCCUCUACAUCGACAUAUCUCCAGUUGCAGGGCGCCACAGAUGGAGGAAGUGUAAGCCGACUCCGUAAGGGCAGCCGGAAGGCAAAUGCAGGGACAGCAAAACAUCAGAGUCAUAGUGGGCAUCGGAGGUCAUGUACAGAAGGCAACAAUAAUGACAAUAACAACAGGAUUACUACUCUUUCCAGAGAGCCCCUGCAAAUAUCUCCAUCUGCUCAUUUAAGUAUGACAACAAUAAACUCAACGGCUGCAAAUGACAUGGCCAAACCAUCAGACGGGCGACGUCUGCAUCGAAAUGAAGCAGUGAUGGUGAGCCCAUAUCAAAACCAAUACCAAGAGUCGCAAUGUUUUCAAAGAAAUGGGUGGCCAAGUAGCAACAACAAUGAUAAUCAAGAUAAUAAUGGUGACAGCGAUGAUUAUUAUACCAACCACACAUGUGCACUAGAUUUAAGGCCGGAACUUAUAAGCAGGAACCAUGACCAGUCCCAGUACCAAUAUCAAGCCCAACAAACUCAACGGGCAUUUAAAAAUAAAGGACUCGAUCGUCGGCGUUCUUUGCAACUAGAAGAAACUUUAGCUCAGUUCAAUAAUAGGAGCCCUGGGCACACUAUGUUGGACCAAAAUAGGCGUCAGUUCUUGGCAUCGAAGACUUUGCGGCGUCGCUCCAGUUUACCAUUCGAUGGACUGAUGACUGUCAAAGAGGCACUUCUUCAUGAGGCUACUACAUCUAGUUAUGGGAGGGAAGAUUGGGAGCAGGCGGAAAUUUAUAGAUAUGAAUUCGAUGACAAGGAGAGUGAAUACAAAGAUAAAAAAGAGGCAGGCGAAAAGGCAACAGAAGAGAGAAAGGAGAAGGCAAUUGAUGAUGAUGAAAACAGAUCUCUAAGCCCUAUUUUUGCGCCAACCUUGCCUCCUGUCAGCGAUAACAAUCAAAGCCGUAGCCUCCGUAGGACCUCGCCAAAGCGGGAUGGCGACCGUGCCUCCUGGAUGACCUAUUCCUCUAGUAGUUCCUCCAUCUUUGGCGCUGUGCUUAGUCAGGGACAUUUGCCUCCUAGCCAAGUGAUUCAUGAAUACACUGGUCUUGGAAAUGUGAGUCGUUUCAUGGAGAGCCUUAACAAAGGGGUGCAGAACCUCAGUAGUGGUGGUAACGACGCUCAGGUAGCUCCCACGGCAACAUCGACAGGUACUGUCAUAUCUGCAGCAGGGACUCUAGGCUCUCCAUCUCGUUCUGGAGCUAUUUCCUCCAAUGAGGUGACUAGCUCGACGGAUCUAAAUAUUAAAAGUCCCGUAAUAAAGCAACAGCAGCAACAUCUCGAGGGCUUUGGCACCAAUACACACCCCGGGCCCAGCCCUGAACAAGGCCCUAACUCCAGGAGGAAUAGCAGCAAGAGUCGCACAGUAGCCCUGCAUCCACACCGUCAAACAGCCUCGAUUACGCAUCAUCACCUUCAUCAUCACUAUCUCCAACAUCAAGGUGAUGCUUCCUUGGGUCGUGCUCACCCGCCCUCAAGACGCCAUUCCGCAGAGGUCCACACCAAGAAGGCUUGGGAUACGUCGCUUCCCUUCUUGUCUCAACAGCAUCAGGGACAGAAACAGUAUCAACAGCAAUGCCAGUGCCAGCAACAACCUUUACUAAAGGAAAAGACAAAUAGCAUUUCCAAAAUCUCAGUAACAACUAUAUCUAGCUCUGUUUCACAUCAGAAGAAUAUAGAAGAUGUCAGCAAUGAAUUCCUGCAAGAAGGGAGAUCUAGCGCCACUGCACCUUUAGGUCAUCCCCCUAGGAAGUUGUUAGAAGGCGCUGCCUAUAUUGCUGCACUGGAAGAGACUCAACGCCAACUUAAGUUACUGAACAGCAACCAAGAGAGUCAACAAAAAUCUAAUCAGAAUUCCCGAAAUCCCAUCCAAGCCCCAAUGGUUCUUCCUCAUCCACCGGGAAGGCCUCGGAGCAAGGCGCGUCCUCGCCCCCUAGCAACCGUAAGCAACAUUGCAGCGCUCCAAGCUAACCAGCCGACUUUUUCACUGUCCCUGACAUCUUUAUCGAGUACUAGUGAUCAGAACAGAUCAAGCUCAGAUCUACAGGUGCUCAACGUGACUAGCACUAGCAGUGAUACAGGAUCGGAAGUUACUGCUCCCGCCUCUAUCCCUGUCCCUGUCCCUGCCCUUGCUGGUAUCAGUGGUGGCACUUCUAUGGUAGCACCAAUCAAAUCGGAUCCACCAAAACUAUCUCCUGGUUUGAGUCGAGGCCCCAGUGUAGGGGCAUGCCGCUUCCAUUUACCUCUGCAUCAUAUGAAACAGAGCGACUUUUCUCCCAAUUACUACUUCCAUCAUCUCCACCAUCACAGUUACAGUAGUUACGGGAAUAGCUUUAGUCAGCAACGGAGUCCCAUGAAUCCACGGUUCCAAAACAUUGUCUCUCCAACGCGCGAGCUUGCAGGGUCUUCCCAACCAACAUCACCACCAGUCCCCAUGAUAUUAAGGUUUCGAUCAGAGCUAAUUGCACAGCAGUUGUGUCUGAUUGAGCGUGAGUUGUUGAAUCAGGUGCCAUGGUAUGAAUUAGUGAGCGCUGGGUGGAAGAAGAAGAAAUCACCAACAGAAGAGGAAGAGGAAGAGGACGCUACCAUCUCGAUGACUGCAUCUGAUUUACCUACCAUUGCCCCUGCCCCUGCUCCUACUGCUACUCCUGCUGUUACUCUGAAAGACCAAAUAAUUAAAAAGAAUAUAAUGGAUAGUGAUACUUCAUCCAUUUUAGUUGAGCAACAAGUAGGUCAACAACAGACUACUAACGUUAGCAGCGGCACAACAACAACCACGGCAACAAAAAUGCGUAGACCAGUCAGCCCUUGGCCAUUGAGCCGAUCACAGACUGUACAAACCGCAAGGUCUCACACACAACGAUUCCCCACCCGGUGUCAAACGAAGGAUAGUCCCAAUGUGACUCGACUGGUCGACCGGUUCAAUUUGAUGUGCCGUUGGGUAACGACCGUGAUCUUAAAAACAACAGAUCUGGAAAUGCGAGUCAAAGUGGUUGAGAAGUUUAUCAGGAUCGCACAAAUUUGCUAUUACCACUCCAAUUUCAGUACUCUGACCCAGAUCAUGUUAGCGCUUCAAGUUCAUGAAGUCUCGCGUUUAACUCGAACCUGGAGCCGUAUCGGAUCUCAGGAGAUGAAGAUCAUGCACGAGCUAGAAGAGUUCACAUCCAUGCUUCAUAACUGGAAACACCUUCGCAGUGCUAUGAAAGAGAUUGCAGAUGAAUGGGGUGGUGCGACUACUGGUAUUGGCAGCAUUAGUGGCCAAGAUGGGUCAGCAGGAGCUAUCUCCAGCUCUUCAUUCAUGUCUGGCAGUGGCAAGUAUCAGAGCCUGAGCUUAUUCAGUAAAAUGGCAGGCAAAGACAAGGAUAAGUCUCAGAACUCUUUCGGCAAGCUAGCACACAACCGCUCUUCAUCCUUUGGUAGAAUUUCAAUUCAAUCUAUUAGCCCUACUAUCACUGCUAUUGGCACCAACAUUUCAAGCAAUACUGGUAGUGGAAAUGGAGGAGCAUCAAUCCCUAGUCACCCUACUAUAGCCGCUUCUUCACUCCAAGGAGCCCAGUCAUUAGAAAAGGAGCAACCACUACAAUGUCAACAACAGCAGGCCUGUGGUGGAUGUAUCCCCUUUCUUGGAGUAUACCUCUCAGACUUACUAUAUAACACAGAGCUCCCUUCAUUCGUGGGGCCUAAAGCGACUCUUAGUUCUGAAGACAAUAAUCCUUAUGUCCAACGUAUGCUACAAGCACAGACCUCUAUACAUCCACACUUACCUCAGAUGCUUACAGAUCCCUCUCAGAGUACGCCACUUUAUAACAGUGAUCUUUAUUGCAUUUCCACUUUUGGUGCUAGUGGUAAUGAUAUAAGCCAUGACAGUGGGGAUGGAGAUUUUACGUCGUCUUCAUCAUCUUCCUCCUUACCAUGGAUGGUGAAUAUGCAUAAACACCGAACGAUUGCCACAAUUAUCAAAAGAGUCCUGACUUUCCGAACCAUGGCCAGUCGAUACCCUUUUGUGAAGGAGACCGAUAUCUAUGAGCAAUUGAUGGCAAUUGAAGCCGUUGAUCAGGCUGAAAUGGAACGUUUGAGCGAGCUAUGCGAGGAAAAGGUUUCUGCAUCAUCUUCAUCUUCCUCCUCCUCUGCUCCGAAUCAAAAGUCUGUGCUGGCUAAUUAG